AUAUAUUUGAUCUUUUUAUAUUAUAGACAGUAUUAGCGCAUGGAAUUUAUCUCGGAGACAGCGAACUUGCCAUUCUCAAAAAUCGAGGAACCGCUGUAAUUCACUGUCCAUCCUCAAAUAUAUAUUUGAAAAGCGGUCUUUGUGAUGUACAAAGGCUAAAAACUAAUAACAUCAAAGUUGGACUUGGAACAGACGUUUCAGGUGGAGUUAGUUACAGUAUGUUGAACGAGAUGAGAUCGGUUUUACAAGUAUCAAAUUGUUUAUUUGUGACGAAAGAGAAUUAUAUACCACUUAGUUACAAGGAUGUCUUCCACAUGGCAACGUUAGGAGGUGCCAAAGCAUUUUCAAUCGAGGAUAAAGUCGGUAACUUGAUGCCAGGCAAAGAAUUUGAUGCCCUCAUCAUAGAUUUAAAUGCAAAAGGUAGCUUGCUGGAUAAUUUUAGGGAAUAUACACUUGAGGAAAAAUUCCAGAGAUUUAUAUAUGCCGGCGAUGAACGUAAUAUAGUAUCGGUAUAUAUAAAUGGUAGGAAAGUUAAAUAAAAACUUUCUUUAUUUUUAUAUUGCAAUGUUUUAAAUAAGAGGAUAUUUUAAAUAAAAUCUCUUAUAACAAAUUUAUAAAAUAUGCAAUGAACAAGCUGCGCUUGUCAGUUAGUCAAUUUUGUAUGUAUAUGAAUAAUUAAAUGAGUUUUUAAAAAUGUUACCAAUA